AUGGUGAUUUCGGGACCAGAAAUGUCUGUUUCAGGACCAGAAAAGCCUGUUUCAAGACUAGAAAUGCCUGUUUCGGGACCAAAAAUGCCUAUUUCGGGACCAGAAAUGCUUGUUUUAGGACAAGAAAAGCUGGUUUUGGGACCAAAAAUGAUUGUUUCGGGACCAGAAAUGCUGGUUUCGGGACUAAAAAUGUUGGUUUCAGGACCAAAAAUGUCUGUUUCGGGACCAAAAAUGUAUGUUUCGAGACUAGAAAUGCCUGUUUCGGGACUAGAAAAGCCUGUUUCAGGACUAGAAAUGCCUGUUUCGGGACUAGAAAUACCUAUUUCAGACCAAAAAUGUCUGUUUCGGAACCAUAAAUGCUUAUUUUGGGACCAAAAAUGCCUGUUUCGGGAUUAG